AUGCCUUCUCUUUUGCAGAAACUCCUGUUGGGAAUCCCCCUGGCAUGCCUAGCCACCGGCCAUGCCCUCACUGAUUCCGUCAGCUCGAAUUAUAAAAUCGAUGUUCAUUCCCAUGUCGUUCCAUCCAUUUGGAGGGAAGAAUUGAUCUCUGCAGGCUAUCCAGUCAAGAAUGGUACUUUGUAUACAGAUGGCUUCCCUGUCUCGGAUUGGACACUGGAUUCCCACAUCAGCACCAUGAACAGUCUUGGCGUUAAUUAUUCGACAAUCAGUGUCAGCGCCCCCGGCGUCUUCUUCCUAAAAGAGGCCAAAAAGGCCAAGUCUUUAGCCCGCAGAGUCAACCUCCUGCUUCAUAACUACACUCGAACUUACCCAACUCGACUGGGAGCCCUCUGCCUUCUCCCUCUCCCUUACGUUGACGAGGCUGUUGAGGAGUUGAAGUUUUGCCUGGAUACCCUCGGGUUCGUCGGCGUGGGGCUGUACACCAAUGCCAACGGCACAUAUUUGGGUGACAAAUCCCUUGACCCUGUCUUCUCGGCCUUGGACAAACGCAAUGCCAGCGUGUUUGUCCACCCAGCCUCUCCGGAUUGCACAUCUGUCGCCAAUGGCUGGCCCAUCCCCAUGACCGAGUAUCCUUUCGACACCGUGCGUGCCAUUGAGAACAUGCUGCUGACAGGUCAACGUGCGCAAUAUCCGGAUAUCAAGAUGAUCUUCGCUCACGGCGGUGGUGCGAUCCCCUUCCUGGCUACCCGAAUCGCCGGCAUGGCCUCCCUUCCCUGGUUGGGUGGGUUGUCAGUCCCCGAAUCCCUGGCGCAACUUGCCGGGUAUUAUUUUGAUACCGCGGCCUCGACUUCUGCUAUUCAGUUGGCGGCUCUGAAGAGCUUCAUCGGCACGGAUCAGAUCGUGACGGGAACUGAUUAUCCGUAUGUUCCUGUCUCGCAGGCUUCGGCGGGAUUAUCUGCCAUCCAGGGUAAUGGUAACUUUACCACGGUGGAGAUGAGCCAGAUCAAUAAUCUCAAUGCCUUGAAAAUAUUCCCGCGGAUUGUCAAGGCUUUGAAGCUGCACUGA